AUGCCUCCUCCAAAUAUCAAGCGGUUGGUAUUAACUGCUGCGGUAGUUUCUAUCACUAUCACUGGCACUCUUUAUGGCGCUGGUCUCAAAACAAAGGAAGAAAUUGCUGAGACAGCAAAGCAGCGGCAAGAAUCGACCUUUGAUGAACAAACCAAGGCCCUCCAGAAUAUGCGCGCGAACUUGGUCGCCCGGAGAGGUAUAAUCGAGAACCAGAUACGAGACUUGGAUGCAAGGGUGUUGGAGAAGCAGCAGAAAGGCAUCGGCGGUGGUGAUAAAGAUCAAUCGAGCGGAGGACGAUGA